GGAAAUCCUGUCUUGGUUCCUUUUUGUUACUUACAUGAUACUGAAAUGUUCACAUAAAGCCAUUUGCUUUCAUAUCACUCUCUGCGCAAUUUAUGUAGGCCUAUUCCAAAUGUGUUUUGAGGGGAGUGUUGCAUGACCUGUGGCAUUCUUCUAAGAUGAGGACCUCAGAAUCAGUCCGUGUAGGGAACAGCAGCAAUGCGAGUCAAGGGAACACAUGCUCUCCUGAGCCUGAGCAUGUGUCUCUGGCUGUGAUCCUCUGUCUCGUCUAUCUGCUGGGCCUCCUGCUCAACGGAUUCAGCCUGUGGGUCUUCACCUGUCGCAUUCACAAAUGGAACUCUGGAACCAUUCUGCAGUUCAAUCUGGCUCUAUCUGAUGCCAUCAUUACACCACUCACCCCACUGAUGGCAGUGUACUUCGCCAUGGAUGACUGGAUUUUUGGGGGAUUCAUCUGCCAGCUGAAGAUUGCCGUGCUCAGCGUCCACUUCAGUGGGAGUGUGAUCUUCCUCACGCUCAUUAGCAUUCAUCGCUAUAUGACCGUGGUUCACUUCAGACGCUCUUCGUUGAUGAAAAGGAAGACAUUCGUGAAGAAGCUGUGUGCUGGGAUUUGGUGUUUUCUGAUAAUACUUGGCAUUAUCUAUGGAUGUCUGCUUCCUGUAACCACUGAGAAAACCUCUGUAACUGAGAAAACGCAGUGUCUUACUAUUCAUCAGACAACUCUGACAGAUGCUUACUUUAUUAUUAACUUUGUGUUUUUUUUCUUUUGGUGUAUUUUACCUUUAACUAUAUCAGUGUUUUGCUACAGUCGCCUGGCGAGCUCAGUGUCCCGCAUUAACAUAAACUCUGUUCAGGGCCAGUCGGUCAAGAAUAAAUCCUUGAAGAUGAUAGGGAUAUGUCUGGUCAUAUUUGGCCUUUGCUUUCUUCCUCUCAACGUUGUUCGAACCAUCGGAGUAGUCGUGAAAAAGUAUCACCCUAAGGAAUGCAUGCUUCUGUUGCGGUUGCAAACAGCAUAUUAUGUAUGCUAUAUACUGGCAGGAAUCAACUGCUGCUUGGACCCCCUAAUCUACUUUUUUGGAUCAAGUAAUUUCAUUAAAGCAUUCAGGAGAUCUCUUAGGGUAAUAGGGUUUAAAAAUAAUGUAGAAAACAAAAAUGAAUCAGAAACAUUAAGUCAAACUGGAAACAAGAAUGUAAUUUUUACUGUCUCUUAAGGCAUUUUAAAGUCAGCAUUAAACAGAAUUUGUGAUCAUAA